CCUCACCCCUUAACAAGUGACAGUUUCUGUUGCUAUGGUGACGACGCUCUCCCCGUAAACGGUGGCACGUCCGUAAGAGCUGCUACUUCCACAUUUAAUGACGUUUAAAGCUCGGGGAGAUGAUAGGAAACUGACACAGCCACCCCUCUCUUUAACCCAGCGGAGGCGAACCCCUGACAGCAGCAUCCUUGACAUGCCCCACAAGGCGGACUGCGCUUAGCCGGUGUGGCUAGUCUGUUUAUCCACAUUUCCCGAUAUUUUAGAAGAUAUUCGACGGCCGAGUAUUUUUAGCUGUAAGGUUGCGAGGCCAGUUGUGUGUCCGAACAAAAUCCACCAUGGCGUCAGCAAAUGUAACACUGGAAAAUCAGUUGCAGAGUGCACAGAAAAACCUGCUCUUCCUCCAGCAGGACCACGCCAACACGCUAAAGGGGCUGCAUGCAGAGAUCCGCAGAUUACAGCAGCAGUGCACAGACCUGACGUAUGAGCUCACUAUCAGAAGCUCCGAUCCCUCAGACAGCAGCGAGGCCCGAUGCAGGGAGCUGCAAAGGAGGUGUGAGGAGCUGGAGGCCCAGUUGAAGAAGAAAGAGGAGGAGAACACAGAGCUUCUCAGGGACCUGGAGCAAAAGAACGCCAUGAUUUCUGUCCUGGAAAACACCAUCAAAGAGAGAGAAAAGAAGUACCUGGAGGAGCUUAAGAUGAAGAGCCAUAAACUGGCUGUUUUGUCUGGGGAGUUAGAGCAGAGAGCCAGUACCAUUGCUUACCUUACCUCACAACUACACGCCACUAAGAAAAAGCUGUUAGCCAGCAGUUCCUCUGAGGCCAGCCCUAACGCCAGUCCUGUCACCUCGUACAAGCCCACGCCUCCACCGGCCAAGGACAGGCAGCCUGAAACCCCACGUCGCCGCAUGAAGAAGAGCCUCUCCCAGCCUCUACAUCCAGAGUUGACAGAGGUGUAUCGCCUUGGAGCGGACGGUAGACGGAUGGUGCUGCGGGAGACAGUGGAGGCCAUGCCUGACCCAACACCCUUCUUGCAGGCAGGCAGAGAGUCUCCUGAACCACAGGUAGUUCGUGAGCGGCCUGCUGUCAUCCCUCCCAUUGCCCCUGAGCGCUCACAUGCUCCUCCACUUGGCGCUAUGGCAAGUCCGCGACACAGCCCCGCACGGGACCGUCAGUACAGGGCUCACGUGGGCGUGGCACACCGCAUUCCACAUGGCACUCCUCCCAUGGCUCCGCCACAGGCGGACGUGGAGACUCUGGCAGUGGACCAGGUCAACGAGGAGAAGGUUGUGCGGAAGCGCUCGGGAGCCGACAGGACAGUUUAACACUGCACUGCAAACCUGCACCUUAAAUGCACAUCUACUGUAUACACACCACACUGCAAGAACAAGAAGCAGCCUGAACCACUUUGUAGCCUGCUUUUGACGCAACACUGCAAUAUUAAAAAAGAAACUAUGAAAAUAUAUUAUGAUUUGGUGAUGGUAUUCCAUUAGGACUUUUGUUUUUUUUUUCAUAUACAGUAGAAAUGGACUACUAUAAAGCAUGCCAAAUGUUUAUUUACUGUACACCCCAGUGAGUCCUUGUACUAUCACACAUUGACUUUUUGCUUAGGCUUUCACUUCAUUCUGUCUUACAUGGUGCACACAACAAAUUCUUAGCCAAAUAUCUGCAUCAGUGCCUGCUGAACCAGUGUUACCAUACACGAGCUCCAUAAUGUAGUCAUGGCUAAUAGUUAUAUUUACAUAUCUCUGUCUUCUUCAUCUUCUCUGGACAUAUCAACAAACUGUAUAACAAGCUGUGUGCAGCUGCUUAGGAUAGAGCUGAAAUAAUUAAACUAUUACUCCCUGAAUGUCUUUCAUCUGCUUGUGAUAUCAGUAUAAUAACAGCCCUGUAGGUAUGAGCUGUGUAAUAUGCAAUCAGACGAUUGGCAGUUGCGAAGGUGAAAACUGGACUCUCAUCUUUUCCUUUGCUGACUGGGAGAAACAGCAAUAGGCGUGAGAGAGAGAGCGACAGCGAGUGCGUGUUUCUGAGAGACAGUGUAAGCCACUGUGACAACUAAAUUUUAGUUUCAACAUUUAUCCAUUGAUGUUGUCAUGCAAGGGCAUUUUUUUCAAAAACACUGCUGUAAUAGGAUUUUUGUGAUAUUAUUAAUUGUACUUUAUAAAAGCUGUACAUUUGUAAUGAAUUCCUUUUUUUUAUUUAUUAUUGAUUGUAGGACUCAAUAGAAAGUACAACAACACCUCAGAUAUUCACUGUAGUUACACCACCAAUGUGACGGUAAUUAAAAUCACUAAAUAAUCUGCUUUUCACUGUAAGGUGUACUAUACAAAACAGUACAAUAAACAAUAAAUGAUUUUUUUCAAAGGG